CAGAGUCAUCUGUUCUACAAAGAGAAGUCAGUUGUACAAGAUAAGAUGCUGGAACUUGGUGUACAGUUAGGUUUGAUCAAUUCACUUUCAAGAGCAAAACGAAUAGAAAAAGCUGAACAAUGAAGCUUGACCAAGACAUAUAUUUGCAUAUUCUAAUCAAUUCAGCGCAUUCCCACCAAAAGCAGCAUCAUGAUUUGGACCCUUCUUCUUGAUGGUGAUUACCAUUAUAAGUAACCAUCGCGACAUAUCAAAAAUUUCAACACCUACAAGAUUCUAAACAGUUGCAAGAUAUCCAACAACGAUCAUCGAUAGAAGUUCCAAGGAUGAUAUGUGCCGAAAAUUUAUCAUCAAUACAAUGACUACGAUAAGAGUUUGCUAUCCAGAUACGGGGUAUCUUUUAGUUAUUUAAAGAUAUUUAAAGGUCCAAUUAUUUCUCAUAUGGACAUCACCAUCUUUAUUGGAAAGGACUAAUCCCUUGAACAAUGUCAGAAAAGAAAACAGAUCAGAAUAACAUCAAUCAAGUGAACUCAAACUCUGCAACUGGAGAUUAUGAAGAUUAUGAGCUUGGUAUCAAUGGACCAAAGAUCCAAAAGGAUAACAAUGCAGAUAUUGCAUUACAAUAUGCCCAAGAAAAUGACCUAGACUUUGUUAUGGAUCCAGCUUAUGAGAAAAAAGUGUUGAGGAAAAUUGAUUGGAUGUUGAUUCCAUUAUUAGGCUUAUUACAAUCAGUUCAGUUGUUAGACAAGACAACAAAUUCUUACUCUUCAAUCAUGGGGUUAAGAGAAGAUCUAAACAUGACAAGUUAUCAAUAUUCCUGGGUUGGAAGUAUUUUCUAUUUUGGUUAUUUGUUUUUUGAAUAUCCUGCAAAUAUCUUGCUACAAAAAUUCCCACUAGCUAAAACGGUUUCCACUGCUGUUAUUAUUUGGGGGAUUAUAUUAAUGUGUCAUGCCGCUUGUCAAAAUGCUGCUUCGUUUUUAGUCUGUCGGUUCUUAUUAGGUGUUUUUGAAUCAUUCAUGAACCCUGCUUUUAUGAUGUUAACUUCUCAAUGGUGGAAGCAAAAAGAACAUUUCAUGAGAUCUUGCUUAUGGUUUGGGUUUCAAGGGUUUGGUAAUUGGAUGGGUGCUGGUAUAUCCCACGGUUUAGCAACAUAUAGGGGCGUUGACGGGCAUAGUUUUGAAUCAUGGAGGCUAUUACAUAUAAUAACAGGUGUGAUGACUAUCUUCUUGGGUAUAGUCUCCAUUUUACACAUCCCAGAUAUCCCAACUAAAGCUUGGUUUUUAAAUGAAAAGGAUAAGAAAUACGUUGUUGAAAGAAUUAGAGAAAAUCAACAAGGUUUUGGUAAUAAAAAAUACAAAAAGUAUCAAGUUUUGGAAGCUUUUAGAGAUCCUGCAACUUACCUUGCAUUCAUUUAUGCCUUUACAUAUGCCACUGCAAACGGUUCUUUCACAAAUUUUGGUACUAUUUUAUUGAAUCAAGAUUUUGGAUUCUCAACAACCACAUCCUUAUUAAUGGGAAUGCCUGGUGGUGCUUUAGAUAUAAUCUACUCUCCAUUCUUGGCUUACGUGAAUUAUAAAUUUAUGAACAAUAGAAGGUUGAUCAGUUGUGCAAUAACAAAUUGUAUCACAAUCAUUGGUAUGUCAUUACUAAAUUUCACAGAUCAUAGAGGUUCUAGAUUAGCUGGGUAUUAUACAUUCUACAUCACGACUGCUGUUAUGUCAGGUAUGCUUUCCAUUGUCUCGUCAAAUGUUGCAGGUCAUACCAAAAAAUCAACUGUUACAACUUUAUUCUUUGUCGGUUAUUGUGUUGGAAAUAUUAGUGGACCACAAACUUUCAAAGGCAGCGAAGCACCAAAUUACCAUUCAGCAAAAGCUACACUGCUUGCAUGCUAUAUAAUUGGUACAAUUUGCAUCUUGGGCUUAUUUGCGCUUUACCAGCACAGAAACAAGAUUAGAGAUCAGAAGAAAGCUGAAUUGGGUGAUAAAUACAUUGUACCUGAAAACGUUGAGUUCUCUGACUUAACAGAUAAGGAAAACUUGGAGUUCAGAUAUUCCUUGUGA